UCCGUCUGCAGGGGGCGCUGCGGGCGCCGCGGCCGGGCUGCUCUAGGCGGCGGCACCGGAAGUCUCGUUCUCCCUUCAGUUCCGGUCUCUGGCCCAGGCUUGGGCUGCGUGGAGGAGCGUUUGCGAUGCCGACCGGAGACUUUGAUUCGAAGCCCAGCUGGGCCGACCAGGUGGAGGAGGAGGGAGAGGACGACAAAUGUGUCACCAGCGAGCUUCUCAAGGGGAUCCCUCUGGCUACUGGGGACACCAGCCCGGAACCUGAGCUCCUGCCAGGAGCUCCACUGCCGCCUCCCAAGGAAGUCAUCAACGGGAACAUCAAGACAGUGACCGAGUAUAAGAUAGAUGAGGACGGCAAGAAGUUCAAGAUCGUCCGCACCUUCCGAAUUGAGACCCGGAAGGCCUCGAAGGCUGUUGCAAGGAGGAAGAACUGGAAGAAGUUCGGGAACUCAGAGUUUGACCCACCGGGGCCCAAUGUGGCCACCACCACAGUCAGCGAUGAUGUGUCCAUGACAUUUAUCACCAGCAAAGAGGACCUGAACUGCCAGGAGGAGGAGGACCCGAUGAACAAGCUCAAGGGCCAGAAGAUUGUGUCCUGCCGCAUCUGCAAGGGCGACCACUGGACCACCCGCUGCCCCUACAAGGACACGCUGGGGCCCAUGCAGAAGGAGCUGGCCGAGCAGCUGGGCCUGUCCACGGGCGAGAAGGAGAAGCUGCCCGGAGAGCUGGAGCCGGUGCAAGCCACCCAGAACAAGACAGGGAAGUACGUGCCACCGAGCCUGCGGGAUGGGGCCAGCCGCCGCGGGGAGUCCAUGCAGCCCAACCGCAGAGCCGACGACAAUGCCACCAUCCGCGUCACCAAUCUAUCAGAGGACACUCGUGAGACUGACCUGCAGGAGCUCUUCCGGCCCUUCGGCUCCAUCUCCCGCAUCUACCUGGCGAAGGACAAGACCACUGGCCAGUCCAAGGGCUUCGCCUUCAUCAGCUUCCACCGCCGUGAGGACGCCGCGCGUGCCAUCGCCGGGGUGUCUGGCUUCGGCUACGACCACCUCAUCCUCAACGUGGAGUGGGCCAAGCCAUCCACCAACUGAGCCAGCUGCCACGUCUGCUGCUGCUGGGCCCCGGGCGCCAGGACCCUGCGGUGACAGAGGUGGCUUCCCAGGGCAGGGGGCUCCAAGGGCAAUAAAAGCUCCAGUCACCCUA